UCAAUUUAGUUCCAACAAACAUUCCACUAUCAACAUGAAAUUCGUUAUUGUUUUCGUUGCUUUGAUUGCAGUCUGCUCAGGAGCAGCUAUUUCCAGUGAUGCAGAAGCUACUGUCCUCCGUGAUAAUCGUAAGAACGAUGGAAUCAAUGGUUACGAAUUUAAUUUCGAGACCAGUAAUGGCAUUAAUCGUAAUGAAGCUGGAGUUUUGAAGCCAGUUGGAGAAGUUAAUGUUAUCACUGUAUCGGGAGAUGCUUCAUGGAUAGCACCAGACGGUACUCCAGUGAACUUUAAAUUCACAGCUGAUGAAAAUGGAUUCCAUCCAAUUGCUUAAGCUGAAUAAUCAAAUCAACAAACAUUUGUGAUUUAAAAUUAGUAUUUUAUAAUUUAAUA